AUGUCUACUCUUGAAUUUAGAAAUACAGAUUUAGAUGCAAGCUGGUCAAACAAAGGCAUUGGCCUUUCAUUAGUCAAUACUGUGCCUAAUGCUUUAAUGGAUUUGGAACUAGAAAGCAGUAUUUGUACAACUGUAGGCUUGAGGGUGGUAGAAAAUGUCAGUGUCUCUGAAGCUGCUGAGGGUAACAUUGGUGAAAUGGCUCCCAUCAUUCAUAUUACAAUGCCUCAAGACUUCAUUAUUCUGGGCAAGAGUUCCAUCCAGCAUCAGACAAAUAAAACAAAGAAUCCCAUUUCUCAUGUCCAAGGACAGUCUUACAAAAAUGCUGGAGUUUCCUCAAAGUUUCAGAAGAGACAACCUCAGCAGGUGAAAUGCCAUUUUGAUCAGAGUAAUCAGAAGCCCCCAAAGCAGCUGCUUCCCUGUAUUUCCAAAAGCUCUGUGAGCUUAGAAAAAGCCGUCACUCCACUGUCCAUCAGACUAGGACAGUCUACCGUGGACUUCAUGGAUCUGAAAUACAGUGACAUGUUUAAGGAAAUACAUUCCAAUGACAAAGGCCCUGGUAUUUAUGAAAUGUUUGGGACUCCGGUCUACUCUCGUGAGCCUACAGGACAUGAGAACAGGCGUUGCAGGAGUGUGCAUUCUGCUCCAGCUGGGAGACUCAGUGCCAUCAAGCAUAAAUCUAAUCAUCUCAGCAAGAGAAACAGCAGAGCAAGAAAUAUCCAGAGGAAAACAUAUCCUAAACCACCCAAGAAUUCUCAUGGCAUUAAACAGAAGCAUAAGGAUGUGAUGCCGAGAGAGGCAUCUGAUUUGGAGGAUACUAACCAAGAGCAAGGUGAAGGCAUAAUCACUUCCAGCACAGAUGGGCAAACGAACAUUUCAAGGAAUUCCACACCAUUUUAUGAAGAUGAUGCUCACAGGCUUCCAGUUUCCACAGAGUUUCCGCAAUCUGCUAAACCAAAUGAAGUUGUUCCUAAUUCACGCUUAGCAGCUAUUGAAGAAGUCUCAUUAGAACACUCUUCAGAUGUUGGUGAUGAUUGUAUUCAUAGAGUAUUUGUUACCAGCAUCCAGGAAUUACUUUGGCCACAGGUUAAGGAUCACGCAAAGCAUGCUCCUUUUUUAAGCAGUGCAAGAGAAACCAAUGAAAACAAAAAUAUAAAUAGCAAAUGCAUAAAGCACAGGAGAACGAAAGCCCCCAAUUGCCUUGUGGACCAGGAAGCAAGUCAGGAUUUGUGCAGUGGGGGUGAUCAAGGAGCACCAACUACAUUUUCUUUGGUAGAGAGAGAGCCAAGCUCACCUGAACAAAAUAUCCAGCAGGGAAAUGUUAACUUAACAAAUGCAUCGCCUAAGUGGACUUGCCAUUCUACAAGCCCAUUUCCCCAGACAUAUCAAAAUAUCCUGAGCUGUACCAACAGUGAAGAAAUAACAGAGGACUUGUGUUGCUUAGCAGCGGAAUCACUGUCUCUUGAUGGUGCAAGUGGUUCCAGAGUACUUAUGAAGAAUGAAAAUGGUGAAGCACAAAAGGGAUGCACUGGGAAUAAAGAAGCCACUGCAACAAAUGUUGCCAUGUCAAUUAUUGAUGUUGAUAAUAAGAAUUGCUGUCCAACUGUCCUAGAGCCCAACAGGGAAAAUAGAUUUUUCAAUGCAGUAAUAUUUUCAGAAAGCAGCUUAACUAAUGAAGAUACUAUUAUGUGGACCAAAGGUGAAAUCCUUGGAAAAGGGGCCUAUGGCACAGUGUAUUGUGGACUUACAAGCCAGGGACAAUUAAUAGCUGUGAAACAAGUAGCCCUGGGUGCCUGCGAUCACGUUGGGACUGAAAAAGAAUACCAGAAAUUACAAGAAGAAGUUGAGAUUUUGAAAACUCUUGAACACAUUAACAUCGUGGGGUACCUGGGGACAUGUUUAAAAGAUAACGCUGUGAGUAUCUUCAUGGAGUUUGUUCCUGGGGGCUCAAUUUCAAGUAUUAUCCACCGUUUUGGGCCAUUGCCUGAAAUAAUCUUUUGUAAAUAUACAAGACAAAUUCUGCACGGAGUUGCAUACCUGCAUGAAAACCAUGUUGUGCACAGGGAUAUUAAAGGCAACAAUGUUAUGCUUAUGCCAAAUGGUGUGAUCAAGCUCAUAGACUUUGGAUGUGCGAAACGUUUGGCGUGUGUAAGUCUGACUGAUGCAUACAGUGAACCACUCAAGUCUGUCCACGGCACUCCUUACUGGAUGGCACCGGAAGUAAUAAAUGAAUCUGGCUAUGGAAGAAAAUCAGACAUCUGGAGCAUUGGUUGCACUGUAUUUGAGAUGGCCACAGGAAAACCACCACUGGCAUCCAUGGAUAGAAUAGCAGCCCUGUUUUAUAUUGGGGCCCAUAGAGGACUGAUGCCUUCAAUACCCAGUCAUUGCUCAAGAAAAGCAGCUGAUUUUGUCCACGUAUGCUUAACUAGGGACCAGCAUGAGCGGCCUACUGCUCUACAGUUGCUACAGCAUCCAUUUGUAAUGGGAAACACAUGA